GGGGACGGGGACAGGGACCGGGGGGGGGGGACAGCGGUGCCCGCCAGCCCCUUCCGCGGCCUUUGUGGCGCUGUCACAUGGGCCGGGUGCGGGAUUUAAGCGGGGGCUCCGCAGGACAUGCCGGGAGCGGCGCGCCGCAGCCCUCCGUGCCCGCAGCGGCAGCGCUCCGCCCGGCCGGGGAUGCGGCGGUAGCGGCCCCGCGAUGAGCGGCUCCUCCAUGGCGAAAAGCGAGUCCCGCACUUCGCUGCUCAGGGCGGCGGGGAGCAGGAGGGCUCCGGGGGGAUCCCCCCAACCCCAAUCCCAACCCCAACCCCGCGGGGGCCGCGCCCGGGCUGGCAGAGGGCAGGCGGGGAGGGAGCCGAGCCCCGAGGCGCUCCCCGGGGAGCCCAGCGCCCGCAGGCCGCUGUGCCAGCCCCCUGCCCGCGAGGACGGGGCCAGGGGAGCGGGGAGGCUGCCGGCCGCCGGGGGGGACGGGCAGCAGGAGCCCGCGGAAGGAGGAGGCAGGGGAGCCAGGCACCGGCACCGCCACCUCCCGCCGCACGGCAGCCACGGGCACCCCCCGGAGCAGCAGCAGCAGCAGCUCGCGGCCAGGGAUGGGCAGGAGGAGGAGGAGGAGGUGGAGGAGGAGGAGGACUUUUUCUUCGGGCACAGGCAGAGGGCCAGCAGAGAGUCCCUAAAGCUCUCCGAAAACGCUUCGCCUCCGUCCAGAGCCGGCAGCAAGUGCUCCGCCAAGUCCAGCGGCGGCGAGAGGCCCCUGGAAGCCGACCCCCUCUUCCACCAGCUGCACCCCAUGCUCAGCUCGGUCUUCGGCCAGAUCCGCCAUGAGGAGAAGACGUGCUAUAAGGCUGUCCAGACGAGCGAAGAGGGGCCGUCGGCCUGCGAGUACCAGGGUCCGCUCAUGGUGCUGGCCCAGAACUGCGCCGUCAUGCACAACCUGCUGGGGCCAGCAUGCAUCUUCCUGAGGAAGGGCUUCGCAGAAAACAGGCAGCCUGAUAGAGAACUGCGCCCAGAAGAAAUCGAAGAAUUAAGAGAAGCCUUUAAGGAGUUUGAUAAAGACAAGGAUGGGUUUAUUAACUGCAGGGACCUGGGGAACUGCAUGCGAACCAUGGGCUACAUGCCUACUGAGAUGGAGCUGAUAGAACUCUCCCAGCAGAUCAACAUGAACCUGGGUGGCCAUGUGGAUUUUGAAGAUUUUGUUGAGCUGAUGGGACCAAAGCUGCUGGCAGAAACUGCAGACAUGAUUGGUGUAAAAGAGCUCCGUGAUGCCUUCCGAGAGUUUGACACCAAUGGCGAUGGGGAGAUCAGCACCAGUGAGCUGCGAGAAGCCAUGAAGAAGCUUCUAGGACAGCAGGUGGGUCAUCGGGAUAUCGAAGAGAUCAUCCGGGACGUGGACCUGAACGGCGAUGGGCGUGUUGAUUUUGAAGAGUUUGUUCGCAUGAUGUCCCGUUGAAGGUUAUUCUCAGCUAACGAAUCAGCACCUUAGAGAGGGCAGAAGAGGACCUAGAUGGAGCAUCUAGCCCCGAUGUUCCCACAUGAAGGUUAAUCGGCUGGCUGCAACUGGGACAUUGCAAGAUGACCUGCUGCUCCUUCCUCACGGUGGUCCCCAUGCCCCUCCACCCUUUCACACUGUGAAAGACUUGCAACUUCCUACAACUGGAACCAUUCCUUCAAGAUGACUGCAGGAAACCGCAGAGCCGGGACUUGCCAUGAUGCUUUCAUGGGAUAUUUGCAACUUCAGACUCCUCCUCCCCAGCCUCCCACCAGCUGCUGCAAAGCGAGAGCGGGAGAAAUCCUGGUGGCUGGGUGGAUGAGAACAAAGCCAUUGGGACUGGUGGCGGCCUCAGGGCGUGCUCUGCACUUCUUGGUUUCCCUUGGUGAACCGUGUCUGUGUUUGCUGUCUGUGUGUGUGUCAAUCUGUGUGGGGUUAUUUAUGCUUCCUCAGCACAUAUUCGCAUCUCCUGUGGUUAUGUUUACCAAGAGAAAAUUCAAAUACAUGUCUUGCGGGGGGAAAGCGAUAAAUCUGCACGCUGAAACGAG